GGCAGAACUCUGAUACCACACCCGUACCCCUCAUACUUCAACAUCGAGAUUGUACAGAUUUAACAUGGGCCGUCUUGAAGGAAAGAACGCUAUCGUCACCGGCGCCGCUGGCGGCAUUGGACUCGAGACAUCGAUCCUCUUUGCACGUGAGGGCGCCAACGUCCUCCUCUCCGACAUCUCCGGUCCAGCUCUCGAGAAGGCACUGGCCAAGCUCCACGAAGUAGUCCCAAGCGCCAAAGACCUAAAGGUUGAGACCAAGAUCUGCGAUGUCUCCAAGGAAUCCGAUAUUGAAGCCAUGGUCGCACACGUCGACUCCUGGGGCGGUCUGGACAUCAUCUUCAACAACGCCGGUAUAAUGCACGCCGACGACGACGACGCAGUCAAUACACCAGAGAAGAUCUGGGAUCUGACACAGGCCAUCAACGUCAAGGGUGUAUGGUUCGGCAGCAAGCACGCAGUUUUGAGCUUCCGCAAGCACGGAAAGAAGAAGGCCAGCGUUAUCAACACUGCCAGUGUUGUCGGUCUCGUUGGUUCUGCUACACCGCAGUUGGCGUACACAGCUAGCAAGGGUGCGGUUUUGGCGCUGACAAGGGAGUUGGCUAUGGUGCACGCUAGGGAGGGUUUCAGGUUCAACUCGCUGUGCCCUGCACCGCUGAACACUCCCCUCCUCCAGGACUGGCUUGGUGACGACGCUGAGAAGCGCCACCGCCGCGAGGUCCACUUCCCCACUGGCCGCUUCGGUGAGGCUGUUGAGCAGGCUCAGGCAGUCCUCUUCUUGGCCAGCGACGAGAGCAGCUUCGUCAACGGCACAGACUUCGUGGUCGAUGGUGGUAUGACCAAGUGCUACACAACGCCCACCGGUGCGCCCACCGAGGCACCAAAGAACAAUGCCCGAUAAGUUGGUCAUCUACAUGUGUUUUUUGGAUGAGUAACGGAGGGCUUCCCUAGCAUGGAGCAUGGUCUCAGCGGCGGUCAAUGUUCGGCCAGAACGGGUACUGCAUUCACUAAGGUGGUAAUGACUAGAAUAUAGAAUUAAAUCACAC